UUCCCUCGUGCGUCCCCGCCGUCCUAUCGGCGCCUGCUGACGAGCACCACCUGUCAAGUCCCGACCUGUAUGGUUAGAUCCGCACAACUCCCGGCCUUGGGUUCCUCGCUUGCGCAUCAUUUGCGCACCGCAUUCAAGGACUCCAGAGGAGCUCUGUCCGUUCCUUUCCUGCUACCAUCGCAAUGAAGUUCGGAAAACACAUACAGAAACGGCAGCUGGAGAUCCCAGAAUAUGCCGCUAGCUUUGUGGACUACAAGGCCCUCAAGAAGCUCAUUAAGAAACUCAGUGCAACCCCAGUGAUACCGCCGCAAGGGGAUAGCAGUCAUGGAUCGGAAGUUCUGGAUCCGCAGACAUCUCUGCAAGCCAACAAGGCCACCUUUUUCUUCCGAGUGGAACGAGAGCUGGAGAAGGUCAACACCUUCUACCUGCAGAAAGAAGCUGAGUUGCGCCUCCGUUUGGCCACGCUCCUCGACAAGAAGAAGGUCAUGCAGCAGCAUCCGCAGUCGGUCUCCAAGGCCUCCUCAAGAUACAUAGCGCUUGAAGAGGGCUUGAAGCAAUUCAGCAUGGACCUGAACAAGCUCGAGCAAUUCGUCGAAGUAAACGCGACCGCCUUCUCAAAAAUAUUGAAAAAGGUUCGGUAUUCCCUUCAACCCCCUGUCAGCCUCUAGCUAACACAUGUACAGUGGGACAAGACGUCUAAGUCCAGGGAAAAGCAGCUAUAUCUAUCGCGGGCCGUUGAGGUGCAACCCUGU